CAAAAUUCGUCACUCAUCCCGGAAGCUACUGAAACUCGAGGGAAAUUUAGCCAUAGCAACUGGCUAAUGUGACAACCAGAAUAAGUUUACUUUUGUUUAUUAGAAGGGAUUUAUUUUGUUUUAAAGGGACGUUUGACAUGAGUUGAAGGUCUGAACAUAGUAUAUAGAUAUGUAUUUAGUGUGCAAGGUUUAUCACUCUGUUAUGUUUUGCACGUGAGCCAGCUAGCCUCAAGAAUCUAAUGCUAGCUCACUGUAGCUUACCAACCAAUCCCCCCGAGGUUGCGAGCGUUGGACUUCUGUAAGCAAACAGGUUUCCUGAUUGCCAGAAUAUGUCUAUCUUGGCGUGAUACACUCAAUUCGUGUAAUCAUGGAAAAGACAACGCAUUCCUUCGGUAUCCGUGCCGAGCUUCAGUCUUCUAGAGUGUCAACACCAACAGAUGGUCGGGAUAGUCGACAAAGCAGUGAUCUGUUUAGCGACACCGGUGCCUCGGACUUGCAAAAUGAGACCGCGAUUAAAUGUGAUACGGAUUCCGAGGAUGAACCCAGACUUCCUCUCAACCAGUUCUAUCCUUACAUUCGCUGUGCUCUCUGCUGUGGGUUCCUUAUUGAUGCAACCACCAUAACUGAGUGCCUUCACACCUUUUGUAAAAGCUGCAUAGUCAAGCAUUUCUUUUACAGCAACAGGUGUCCAAAUUGCAGCAUUGUGGUGCACCAAACACAACCUCUUUACAAUAUAAGACCUGACCGACAGUUGCAGGACAUUGUUUACAAGAUGCUGCCAUUUCUUGAGGAAAUGGAGAGAGCACAGAUGGUGGAUUUCUACAAGCAAAGAGGACUCGAGGUGCCUAAACCAGUGAUGGCCUCCCCCCUGGUCCCCCUGAAGAGCCAGAAGCAGAGGAAGGAGCUGCUGCCCCAGUCUGUGUUCAGAAUGCCUCCUGAGUUGGACGUGUCCCUGUUGCUGGAGUUUGUAGGAGCGGAAGAAGGCAUUGACAACUACAAGCCGCUGGAGCGACGGUACGUGCGAGUAUCUGGGGAAGCCACCGUCCGCCACGUUGAACUGUUCAUCCGGAGGAAGAUGGAACUCAGCUCAACCUGCCAGGUGGAUGUGGUGUGUGGUGACCACCUCCUGGACCGCUACCAGUCACUUAAAGAGGUCCAGGAUUCCAUGGGAGAGAAUGCACUACAGGAUGGUCUCUUGGUGCUUCACUUUGGACUGGUCCUGCCUUCAUAGACACAAGAAGACCAAAGCAGAAAGGAUGUCAUACUGGCACUGGUGCUGAGGUUCAGACAUUGAAGCACUCUUUUCUACUCCUCUUUCUUUCCAGUUCUCUCAUCUACUGUUCUGUGCUCCUCAUGCCUGUCAAAGGUCAAAUAUAGCUGAUGCUCACCUUUCAGAAGCCAGGGAUAUUUAAUUGCUUGGUUGUAGUUUAAAUUCACUAUGGCUUCCAUUAACUUGUGAUUUAAAGGGCUUAACAAAGUACCUAAAAUACUACACUUGGGUGUUAGGUUUAUGUAGAGCAAUUUGUAACUAGUCACUUCUAUAUAAGGGUUUCUAACAGAACCCUUUUCAGGUCUGUAUAUUUCUAUCUAGAAAGAAACCUUUCUCAGGUCAGAAAUUACCGGCAGAACCUUACUGAGAUUCUGUUUGUUUAUACAUAUGAUACUAUACUGCACCCUUCAUGUUUAGAGUGUAUUACUACCAAAGACUUGUGGUUUUGCUACACUUUGGUUACGGGUUAAAGUGUCACUUCUGUUCUCAAUACUGUCUCCACUGUGUUUUUUCUUUUUCUCAAUAAGUCAUCUAAGAGUUUGUAAAUUUAUUUUAUGUUUGUCUUGAAUAUAAUUUACAAGUUUUCCAAAACAGAUAUUUUGACAAAUAUUUGAAGGACAUUUCUAGAGAUCUUUUGAUAGUGUUGAGAUUUGAUGAAAUAGGGAUUCUUACAUGCCGUUUGUAACAAAUAAACUAUGCAAUUGUGAAUAAUUGUCUGAUGUACUCACUUUUUCAUACUGUUCUUUCUAAGUUGAUGGUGGUUUAGGUUUGAAUAUAGCACUGAUCAUCUCUUAGUGGUUAUACAUAGGAUUUACCAAGGUUUAGUUGAGGAAAGAGUUUGCUGUGUGUAUGUAAAUGUGCCAAGACCGACCAGUGCACAGAAUCAUCCUCUUAGUGACUGAGCCAGGACUGACCUGAAGCAGGAGAUGUUAUCUCCGAUGCAUUUCCUUUUUUCCAGAACCACUGACUUAGAAGUGUAUUUAAAACUCAUAAGAUGAACAUUUUAAAAGGUGCUUGAUCAAUGUACAACAUUUUAUGUCCCUGGUUAGUUAUUGCAAUUCAGGCUUUUCAUUUGUGGAAGUACAAUAUUGGAGCAGUGUGUGAGCUGGAGGAAAAUGAAUGUUUUCUGUCUGUUUUGAUUUUGAUACAACUGUCAUUGUGUUUCACUAUGAAAUCGAGUAGAGAAAAGUUGUUGCAGAGAUUAUGUACAUAAUUUAUUAUUCUAAUAGAAGGGCUCCAGUCAUGACUAAAUAAAAGAAAUUAAAUAGACAUUUCAUACUAAUUCACAAAAAU